GGAGAAAGAGCGAAAUGGCGAAACGAGAAGAUAAGAAGAGAAGAGGAAAGGAGAGAAGAUAAUAGAAGAGCAGAGAAGCACUGGCAACUGCCUGGAUUGAAGACGGUCUGACUGAUAUGGGGGAUGAGAUGCCAUGUUUCUCAUGAGUGACUACUGACGGGAGUCACUGAGCAAGAAGAAUCAUGGAGGUGGACCUGAAUGAUCAGUCUGAUAGUGCAGAAGAUGAAGACUAUGACCCGCUCAAAGACCCUUCGGCUGCCGAUGACGAUGACGAUGAAGAAAGCGAUUCUUUCGAAGGAUUGCGGCAUGUUUUGGAAAACUCCAAGAAAAAGAAGAACUUUUCUAAGAGAGCAAUACCAUCAGACAGAUCCCCGGACUUGAUCAGCCGAAGAACCAGAACUCGUUUGCGCCUUCCAGACGAGCUAUGGACAGAAGCCGACAUGGAGCUAGACAGGGCCGAGAAAGCGCUAGAUCCUUUGUCGCCAUCCAGCGAGAAGGGCGAUUUGAAUGGCAAUGCUUUCACCAAUGAUGAGUACCGUCGUUUGCUUGCAGUUGCAUGGGGACAAGCAGAACCAGAGGAUGACGAAGAUGAAGACGAUGAAGACUUUGUACCUGAUGUUGAAGGAAAUGACGGCAAUUUAGAGGACCCAAAACAUCCUAUCAGUGUCUCUCAGCAUGAACUCAAUGCAUUGCUCGAGGAAGAAUCUGCUGUUGCUGCAACAACAGAGCUUGGUGCGUCUAGCGAUCCAACUCUAAUCGACGAC